GCAUGAGCUCGACAUUUCCGAGCGAUACAGAAUCGGAAUCAAAACUUGAAUAUAUUUAUAUUUUGUUUCGCCAAAACAAAUGGCAACAAGUUAAUUACAUUAUUUAAGGGUUAUCAGUACUGUAGAUUCGAUUAAAGAUUAAACAUUCGCCAAAACAAAAUGCUGAAAUAAUUGCCGACAGUCGAAUAUAAAUUGCUGCUCUAAACGAAAUCUCUGUGUAUUGUGUGUAUUCUACGAACUAUUUGUUCUGUGUUAAAUGGCCGUUUAAGUGUUUUAGUCUAUUCAGUACUAUUCAAAUAGUCAAAAUGGGUCGCACCCCCAAAUUGGAUCAAGUGGGACGCUCCUAUUCGGAGAUGUCGCCGUUAAAUCCGCCCUUGUCGGCACACUCCACGGCUACGACGAGCUCCGGCCAUGAGCGUAACGAUUCCGGUGGAUAUGGUAGCUUAUUUCCAUUUGGAUUCCUUCGCGGCUCCUUUGGGCGCAGUGGUAAUUCGAUUCAGAACAUAAAUCGAUACGGAGAAUCCAUGGGUUCACUCGGACAUCGCGCCCUGCUGCAGUACAUCGAUAAUAAUGAUAUUUCUGGUCUGCGCGCUAUACUCGACAGUCGUCAUCUAACCAUCGAUGAUCGCGAUGAGAAUGCUACCACUGUGCUUAUGGUGGUUGCUGGACGCGGCUUAACUGCUUUUGUGCGUGAGUUCUUGUCUCGUGGAGCUGAUGUGCAGGCGGAGGAUUUGGACAACUGGACAGCUUUGCUGUGUGCCACACGCAAUGGACACUUUGAUGUGGUGCAACUGCUGCUGGAUCAUGGCGCCGAAAUCGAGCAUCGCGAUAUGGGCGGCUGGACUUCGUUGAUGUGGGCUGCAUAUCGUGGGCACACGGAUCUGGUGCGCCUGCUGCUGGACAAGGGAGCAGAUGGCAAUGCACAUGGCAAUUACCAUUUGGGUGCGCUGCUUUGGGCCGCAGGACGCGGCUUCAAGGACAUUGUUGAGCUGCUGAUACAGCGAGGCGCCAAGGUGAAUGUGGGCGACAAGUACGGCACCACAGCUCUGGUCUGGGCGUGUAGGCGUGGCAACGUGGAGAUUGUCGACACGCUGCUGAAGGCGGGCUCCAAUGUGGACACCGCUGGCAUGUACUCCUGGACACCGUUGCUGGUGGCAGCCUCGGGCGGACACACAGACUGCGUCAGUUCGCUACUCGAGAAGAAGCCCAAUGUGAAUGCCCUGGACAAGGAUGGCAUGACGGCCCUGUGCAUUGCCAGUCGUGAGGGUUCCCAGGACAUUGCGGCGGCACUGAUUGCCGCCGGUGCCUACAUUAAUAUCCAGGAUCGAGGCGGCGACACGCCGAUGAUUCAUGCUGUCAAGGGCGGGCAUCGCACAGUGGUCGAAGCGCUGCUGAAGAAGCACGCUGAUGUGGACAUUCAGGGCAAAGAUCGCAAGACGGCGAUUUACACGGCCGUGGAGAAGGGACACACGCAGAUUGUGAAGAUGCUGCUGUCCACGAAUCCCGACCUGGAAUCAUCCACCAAGGAUGGCGAUACGCCGCUGCUGCGCGCCGUGCGCAAUCGCAAUCUGGAGAUUGUGCACAUGCUGCUCGAUCGCAAGGCCAAGGUGACGGCCAGCGAUAAGCGUGGAGACACCUGCCUGCACAUUGCGAUGCGUGCUCGCUCCAAGGCCAUUGUGGAGGCACUGCUGCGCAACCCGAAGCACAGCCAGCUGUUGUACCGCGCCAACAAGGCGGGCGAGACGCCCUACAACAUCGAUUCCCUGCACCAGAAGACGAUACUCGGCCAAGUGUUUGGUGCCCGACGUCUCAACACCAACGAGGACUCCGAGGGUAUGCUGGGCUAUGAGUUGUACUCCUCGGCGCUGGCGGAUGUGCUCAGCGAACCGACGUUGACCACACCGAUUACGGUGGGUCUGUACGCCAAGUGGGGCAGCGGCAAGAGUUUUCUGCUCAACAAACUGCGCGAGGAGAUGAACAACUUUGCUCGCCAAUGGGCCGAACCGCCAACGAAAAUCGGAGGAUUGCUUUUCAUCGUUUGCCUGCAUAUUUCGCUGCUCAUCGGCACCAUUGUGGGUCUGAGCACGUGGUCAGCUCUGUGGGGUUCACUGGCUGCCUUACUUUUCCUGCUGCUUGCGUAUCUUCUGUUGGCAGCUACCAAGUACUGCAACUACCAAAUGGACAUGUUCUGGGCCUACUCGGUGCUGCAUGGCCUGGAGAAGCGUAUCACACGUCUGCGUCUCAUACUGCAGGUGACGUUCUGUCAUCCACCUGGACCACAGGCUGACUCGCAACCUAAACCUGUGAGGUUUCACUUUGCCGAGGCGAGCAGCGCUUCUCCAACGGGAGAUGGCGCCGUGGCGCACAUGCUAGCUGCACUUCUGGAUGCCAUGGAAUCCCACUAUGGCUGGCUGGCCACUCGUUUGUACCGUGCCUUUCGUCCCAAGUGCCUCAAGAUGGACGUCGGCUGGCGUUGGCGUCGCAUGUGCUGUCUGCCCAUUGUGCUGCUCUUCGAACUCGGUCUGGUUUCCCUCGUCGCAGGCAUCGCACUGAUUGUGGCGUACUUUACGCAUGCUAGUGAAUCGGAGCGGGAACGCAUACUUGUGUCUGUCUAUGUGAUUGCUGCGGUGUUGGUGGGACUCAUCUGCACCCAUCUGCAUGUGCUGGCCAAGGUCUUUGGCUCGUUGUUCAUCUCGCACAAGCGGCAGCUGAAACGCGCUGUGCGCUCCAAUGAGAAUGCGCCGCUCACGCUACUCGGUGCCGAGGUGGCUGUGCUGACGGACAUGGUCAAGUGUUUGGAUGCGUUUACCAAUCAACAGAGUCGCCUUGUGGGCGUUGUCGAUGCCCUCGACUCUUGUGAUACGGAACGCAUUCUUACACUUUUAAAUGCAGUGCAGACGCUGCUCUCAUCACCCAAUCGUCCCUUUGUGCUGCUCAUCUCCGUGGAUCCGCAUGUGAUUGCCAAGGCAGCCGAAGCGAAUAGCAGACGGCUCUUCACCGAGGGCGGCAUUGGUGGUCACGAUUUUCUGCGCAAUCUGGUACAUUUGCCGGUGUAUUUGCAGAACUCGGGACUGCGCAAGGUGCAGCGUGCCCAGAUGACAGCGCUGCUUUUUAAGCGCAGUGGCAUCGACUAUCAGGUGGACGAUGGACCCACUUUGGGACACUCGGUGUCCGCACGACGGCUCUCCAAUGCCUCGGAGAUCAUGUCCAGUCAAGAGAAGCUGCGGGCGCCGCACAAUGCACAGCGUGGCGGCGGCGGUGGCAAGAAACUACGACUGUCCGAGUCGGUGGCCAGCUCGAUUGGCUCCAAUCUGCAUCGACUGGGUCAGAACCAGCAAGGUGUAAUCGAUUUGUCGCGCAUUGUGCUCACCGAUGACUAUUUCAGCGAUGUGAAUCCACGCAGCAUGCGACGCCUGAUGAACGUCAUCUACAUCACGGUGCGUUUGCUGAAAGCAUUCCAGAUCGACUUUAGCUGGUAUCGCCUCAGUUCCUGGAUCAAUCUCACCGAGCAGUGGCCGCUGCGUGCCAGCAUGAUUGUUCUCCAUCACGAUCAGUACAUGGACAGCAAUGCCGAUGACAACAUCUCGCUGCAGAGCGUCUACGAAAAAGUGCGUCCCAAAUUGGCGUGUUUGCGUGAAGCAGCUCCACUCCUGGAGCUUGAUCGUGAUGAGCGCAAGCUGGAUGCCUUUUUGCAGCUGCAUAAAUCUGAUUUGCUGGUCGCAGACCUGCGCAUCUUUUUGCCAUUUACCAUCAAUCUGGAUCCGUAUCUGCGCAAAGUACUCAAAGAGGAUCAACAAGUCAUCGAAGACGAAGGCUCGCUUGUGCUGCAAACGCGUCCCAGCGUCUCGCACAGCAUGCGUCCACAUCCCGCCCCCACCACCUAUGUGCCUUCGCCUCAAAUGUAUCCGCCUUACCAAAUGCUGCAGAACGAGUUUGCGGUCAAUGAAUUGCGGCCGCGUAAUUUGUCCCUAGAGCCAACAACACCUUUGAUACCAUCGCCCAGCGAUUCAUUUGGCGAUGAUAUACUGCAAACGAAGCUCACGGAUCUCACCGUUGAGGGAGUCAUCAGUCUGCUGGAACGCAUCGAAGAUCUGAAGCCAACGCUACAGAAAUUGGCGCCUGUGCUGCGUGACAAUGCCAUCAAUGGACGCGUAUUGAAGCAUUGCGAACUGACGGAUCUCAAGGCGGUGCUGGGACUGAGCUUCGGACAUUGGGAACUGUUUCGUUUGCUAAUCACCACGCUAAGGGAUUGCGAGCGUCUGCCACGCAAGGUGCGUCCGCAGCCUGCGCUUACAGAGACGGCAGCCAAUCCGACUGUCAUCAGGGAAAUACCAGAAGCGUUGCCAGCUCCUUCGCUAUCGCGCAGAAACUCAGUCAGUCAUAUGGAGAAACAGGUUACGCUGGAGGAGCAGAUGAUCUGCGGCGCAUUGCAAACCCUCAACGAGGAGGCCUUCGAGGAUGUGGCGAGCAGUGAGCGUCCAAGUCCGUCCGGUUUGCCCACAGGUGAGAUGUUAGCUGCAGCCGCACAGCUGCAAUUAGCACCCAUUUGCGAGACCUCAGAGUUCGGUUCGCCCUCCGACGAGCAGCGGGUGAACAGUCUCCUGCAAUACAACAACAACAAUAACAGCAAUAAUAACAACAACAAUAGCAGCAGCAACAAUGCGCCACAAUCGAAAUAUUUAAAUAGCGAAUACACUCGCAGUGCCAGCUCGCAUUCCCUCCAAAGUCUGAACGCAGCUGCAGCAGGCGGCGGUGGCGCCUCUGGUGGCCUUCAAAUGCGUGAACUCGAAUUGGCAAGUACGAGUGCCAUGUUGACACCCACUUUGCUAACCUCCGGUUCACCGAUGCAGCAACGCCGGGACUCGAUACUAAAGCAGCAAGGCAGCGUCAAAUCAGAGAAGCGAGUAUCGAUCAAACAAACGCCUAGCAGCAGCAAUCUUGCCGGCAUCAACAACAACAACAAUAAUAAUAACAAUAAUGCCAAGCUAGCACCCAAUGUGGAAUACGUUUCGGAGCGUCAAAUGGAACUGGCAACGGGCCAAGGCAGCAGUAAAGGCCGGCUGACCACUAAACCACCGGCAGGUCCCCGACCAGCCUCUCUGAUCAUAACCAAAAACGAUUCAACCUCGCAAUUUCAGCUGCUGCGCUCCUCAUCUAUUGAAUACGAAGACAUCGAGGCGCAGCAGCAUUCUAUACGUGCUAUUAGAACCACACUACUCGAGCAGCAGGAAGAUGAGUCCGCACCACUUGUGUUUACGGUGCGAAAAUGAUAGUAGGUCUAUAGAGACUGCAAUCAUAUGCGGCAACAACAAGAAAUUCAAUAUGUGCUUUUUACUUAGUGCCAGUUAAAUUAAGUUACUGAUAGGUUAUAGUUCGAGUAAUGCGUCUCACUGUUAAACGUAAAUCGCGUCAUAAACAAAUGUUGAUAGAGAAAAUUGUUCACAAAUAUACACUUACUACUAUUAUGAAUUUAAUAUGCAUACUACAUAAAAGUAUGCAUACGACAAUUAAGACAAUUAUAUUUAAUAAAAAGCUUUACAAACAAGCCAAAAAAACACUAUAUCCUCACAAAUAAAU